GUGGGAAAUCUAUUCUGAAGCCCGAACGGAAACCUUCUGGUAUCUUACUAAAACGAUCGAUAAGUCCUGCGCGUCGGAGUUCGCGCUCCCAAGCCUCUGCUUUAUACGGCGUCUGAGGGUGCAGCUUUCUGUGCUCGAGGACAUUUUUGGGCUCCAUGAGUGGUAGCCCCGCACCCUGAACACAUGUGCUUGGCGUUGUGCUUUGGCGUUGUGCAUCCUUCGUCCCGCUGCCAGGCGGUGCAUAUCUGUCUCCCAUCUUUGGUCCACAAGGCCUUGGUAAUGCGCUCUGAGAACGCUUCAUGGUUCCCAUUCCACAUGUGGGGAAGCAGUCCGGCAUUGAUAGGUGCCCGAGUGAUGCGUACCUUUUUGUUGCUUCCCGCUGCCACUUCUGCUGCUGGGAACGAGUGCUUUUGGGCUGUCCCAGGCUGCUGUUGCACACGGGGAACCUCCUGGUUGUUGGGAGCAGCGGCGGCGGCAGCUUGCUGUUGGUCGCAGUUUGUAGUGCGGCUCGAUGAAACAGAAGGCAGUGUGCCCAUGACAAUAACACCGCCCCUCCCCAUUCCGAACGCAUUCGUGCCAGUACCCAUGCACUUGUGCGAGUUCGCAUACUCCGCAGCCCUCGCGCAUCUUACCGAGGAGACAACCUUCAUACGGUAUUAGAUUUGCUGAAGGAUCUGAGCUGGAUACUUGCAGACUUACUGCAUUAUGUAUCCCGCCUCCGCGACGACAAGGAUGAACCAAUUCGACGAACUCACAGGCACGCCGCACGCGGGAAAACCAAGACUACUCAGUAAUAUAGCCAUCACUGAUGCAUGGCUACGUAACGCGGACGGGCGGUUAACAGAAGGAGAUGACGAGUUCUC